AUGUCAGACAAGUUGAACUCCAGCACCCCUAAGGUCACCCCGCGGCCCCCCUCAGGCCCGAUGGUCCCCCCUGAGCCGAUCGACAUCAUCCGCAUCAAGGCGCGGUGUCGGAGGGUCCGGCUGAACGUCGGGGGGCUCACACACGAGGUCCUGUGGAGGACUCUGGACCGGCUGCCCAGGACCCGGCUGGGCCGCCUCAGAGAUUGCAACACCCACGAGUCCCUGCUGGAGAUCUGCGACGACUACAGCCUGACGGAGAACGAGUACUUCUUCGACCGGCACCCGGUGGCCUUCUCCUCCAUCCUCAACUUCUACAGGACGGGGAAGCUGCACAUGAUGGAGGAGAUGUGCGCCCUGUCCUUCGGCCAGGAGCUGGACUACUGGGGGAUCGACGAGAUCUACCUGGAGUCCUGCUGCCAGGCGCGCUACCACCAGAAGAAGGAGCAGAUGAACGAGGAGCUGCGGCGGGAGGCCGACACGCUGCGGGAGAAGGAGGGGGAGGUGGAGGAGCUGGGCUGCUGCGGGGACAAGAGGCAGAAGCUGUGGGACCUGCUGGAGAAACCCAGCUCUUCUCUGGCUGCCAAGUUCCUGGCUUUUAUCUCCAUCAUCUUCAUCAUCAUUUCCACCAUCUCAUUGUCCCUGAACACCCUGCCGGAGCUUCAGGUGGUGGAUGAAUUUGGCCAGUUCAAUGACAACCCAAGCCUAGCCCACGUAGAAGCUGUGUGCAUUGCCUGGUUCACCAUGGAGUACAUGCUGCGCCUUCUCUCAGCACCUAACAAGUGGGACUUCAUCAAAGCCCCACUGAACAUCAUUGAUUUGCUGGCAAUCUUGCCUUACUAUGUGACCCUCUUCCUAACUGAGUCUAACAAGAACGUUAUGCAGUUCCAGAACGUGCGGCGUGUGGUGCAGAUCUUCCGAAUCAUGAGGAUCCUGAGGAUUCUGAAGCUGGCCAGGCACUCGACAGGACUCCAGUCUUUGGGCUUCACUUUGAGAAGGAGCUAUAACGAGUUGGGUCUACUGAUUCUCUUCUUAGCCAUGGGCAUUAUGAUCUUCUCUAGCUUGGUGUUCUUUGCUGAGAAGGACGAGGAUGCCACCAAAUUCACUAGUAUUCCCGCCUCCUUCUGGUGGGCUACCAUUACCAUGACCACUGUUGGUUAUGGAGAUAUUUACCCACAAACCCUACUGGGCAAGAUUGUUGGAGGGCUCUGCUGCAUAGCAGGUGUGUUGGUCAUUGCCCUUCCCAUCCCAAUUAUUGUCAACAACUUCUCUGAGUUUUACAGAGAACAAAAGCGGCAGGAGAAGGCCGUCAAGAGAAGGGAAGCCCUUGAACGAGCAAAACGGAGUGGAAGUAUUAUUUCUAUUAACCUCAAGGAUGCUUUUGCACGCAGUAUGGAACUCACAGAUGUGUUGGUGGAGAAGAGGGAGGACAGUAAGAAUCCGGUGGACAAUCAUAUGUCACCCAGCCGAUGGAGCUACCACAAACACUACACCAAUGAUGAGUCGUGUAGCCAAGGCAAGUCGCAUUACCAGGAAGUGGCGCAGCAGGGCUCCCCUGAACGAGUCAAGCCUUUGCUUAACAAAACUACGCCUCAAAACCUCAGUGUAAAUCUGCUGGAAGAAGCUUUAAACAAGACAUCAACAAUUAAGGAGCAGAAGAAGAAAAUGUUGGAGGAGCAGAUGGAGAUGAAAACGCUAACCUCCACUCAAGCCAGACAAAUUUCUCCUGAAGACUGCAUGAAACUCUCCCAUGUUGCUGAUGAUUUUUCAGUAGAAAGAAGGGGGUCCAGUGCUGAAGGGGGUACAACUAGUGCUAGACACCAGCGCAUUCCCCCUCCCUUGAAUCUAAGUCAGAUCAGCACCAUAGAAGGCAACACGGGCCCUGACAGCAUUCAGCCAAUGGCUGUCAUUAAGGAGGGUUUGUAUGAGUUUGUGUCCACCCCCAGAGGAACUGAGCCUGGAGAUAUGGGUGUGGACAGCUUUGGGAUGACCUAUGAUAGCAUCUGCAGCGCCAAUCAAAAUACAAAAGCCCUCAAGGUUGACUUCAUUGGAGCUCAAGAUGAUGUGCUUAUGGCGGUGAUGACACCUGUAGCAACCUCAGCCCCCAUUGGGUCUGCCAAGCUUGCCCAGCUGCUUUCUGACGACAUGGUUUCAAGGUUCUCUCCCUCCUCCAGCUCCUCAACCAUGGAAGCUAAGUCUCCGUUGGCGUUCCUGCAAUCUCCGUCUCUGGUCCAGCAAUCUGUCAGUCCAAGCAACUCUCAAGGGGGAGGUGAGGGCUCAGUAGCCAGGAGCUUAGAAGGUGAAGGGCAGCUAACAGGCGUAAGCCACCAGGGGAGGAAUCACAUGGAAAGGUCUGCUGUCGGCUCAGGCUCAAAUUCAAGCCCUCUGUCUUCCAAACUCAGCCCGCUCAACUGCACCAUGGAGCAAGGGACUUUGGAAGGAAGUGAGCAAGGAGGAGGGAGAGAAGAAGCAGAUCAGAGCGGGGAGAAACAGGAAAAUCACAUUGUUCUGGGUAGAAGUGCAACACCACCCUGUGAAACAAGCAUGUGA